CACGACCUCCAUUCAUCCUUCGCCGCAUCAAAAUAACGUUUUUAACACCAUUUUCAACAAAAAGCACUCUUAAAAGUCCCUCAAUAGGCUUAUGAGUGCAGUUUAAUUACUUCUAACCUGUAAUACUAUAGUUUUGCUAUGAAAAUGGCGUUGAAAUCGUCGCCGGUCCUUUUCGGAUGGCUCUCUAGAGUGCCUCGUCGUAAUUUCUCGAUGUCUAAGGUCUUAGCCGCUAAGCCUAUGACUGUGCGUGAUGCCUUGAACAGUGCCAUUGACGAAGAGAUGGAACGAGAUGAGAAGGUGUUCAUAUUGGGUGAGGAAGUGGCCCAAUACGACGGGGCUUACAAAGUUACGAGGGGACUGUGGAAGAAGUACGGAGACAAGAGAGUCAUAGACACACCAAUCACGGAAAGCGGUUUUACCGGUAUUGCUGUUGGUGCUGCGUUCGCUGGACUCCGGCCUAUCUGCGAGUUCAUGACUUUCAACUUCUCUAUGCAGGCUAUUGAUCAAAUAAUAAACUCAGCGGCUAAAACGUUCUACAUGUCUGCGGGCACAGUCCCCGUGCCGAUAGUGUUCCGCGGCGCUAACGGAGCCGCGUCGGGCGUCGCUGCGCAGCACUCGCAGUGCUUCGGCGCCUGGUACAGCCACUGUCCAGGGUUGAAGGUCGUCAUGCCCUGCACUUCGGAAGAUGCUAAAGGUCUUCUAAAAUCGGCGGUAAGGAGCAACGACCCAGUUGUAGUAUUAGAAGAUGAAAUUCUGUACGGUGUGCCAUUCCCUAUGUCUGACGAGGCACUCUCGCCUGACUUCUUAGUUCCCAUCGGCAAAGCGAAGAUCGAGCGUGAAGGCAAGCACAUCACGCUGGUCUGCGCCGGCCGCGCCACCGACACCGCGCUGCAGGCCGCCAAGGAACUCUCCGGAAACGCAGGUAUCGAAUGUGAAGUGAUCAACCUGCGAACGAUCAGGCCUCUGGACUUCGAGACCAUCGCCCGCUCCGUCGCUAAGACGCAUCAUCUUAUCACUGUGGAACAGGGCUGGCCCCAGUCAGGUAUCGGCGCGGAGAUCUGUGCCCGCGUGAUGGAGUCUCCCUCGUUCUUCGAGCUGGACGCGCCGGCGUGGCGCGUGACGGGCGCGGACGUGCCCAUGCCCUACGCCAGGACCUUGGAGCAGCACGCGCUGCCGCAGGGCAAGGACGUCGUCGCCGCCGUCAGCGCCGUGCUCGGGAACAAGAUCAGUCAAGUAAGCAGCCAGUGAUAGGGAAUCUCUAGAGAAAAGCCGCCGAACAGAAGGCGUUAAAUUGAAAUUGUAAAUAUUUUUAUUUACUACGAUAAUUAUUAACUUUUUAUUUAUUAAGAAUGGAAAAGAGAAUUUGGUAAUAAAUGAUGUUAUUAUUAUUA